GCAACCAGCGCCCUAUCGAUGAUUUCGAUUCGAUUUCGAUAUCAAUGACUCGAUAUCCUUCUGCUCAAUGUUCCUUAGAUGACCUGUAAGCCGUGAAAAAAUACGUCCUUUGACCUGACCUAUAACGUCAUCGGUCGCACCUAGGUCAAUGAAAUUUGAGCACAUGGUAGUUCCCCGGUGGGGCUAUCCGCUAUCGAAUGUCAUUGGAAUUUUGCAAAUGGGUGGGUGACUUUCCAAGAUUUUAGGAGGGAAACGCCCCCCCCCCCCCAUACUAAUGGCAUGGCCCGGGAUUAGGUCAAGGGGCGCGGGUUGAAAGACUGUUCAGGUGUCGUUGGCCGCUCUGUCGCGUGACGCGGACCGCUGCGCCGUCGGGUCCAUUAGCCGAUUGUUGGCGAUGCGUGCGCGCUCGUCGGCCGCCGGUGUCCGAUGGACAGGCGUGGUCCUCGGUCGACCUGCCGUCAGACCGGGCGGGGCCGGGCGGCGGCCGACACCGGUGCCGACGUCCAGCCAUGGGCAACAAAGUAGCCACCUUCACCGAUGACCAGCUGGACAACUACCAGGAUUGCACAUUCUUCACUCGAAAGGAGAUUCUGCGGGCCCAGAAGCGAUUCCGCGAGCUGGCACCCCACGUCAUUCCCAAGGUGAUGACCUCCACGGAGCCGGAGUCGUGCUCCGUGCCCCUGGAAUACGUGGAAAAGAUGCCGGAACUGCGGGAAAAUCCAUUCAAUAGGCGGAUCUGCAAGGUAUUUUCUGCGGACAAGUCAGGCAACCUUACGUUCAAUGACUUUCUGAACAUGCUGUCCGCACUUUCGGAAGAGGCACCCCGAGAUCUGAAGCUCUACUAUGCCUUUCAAAUAUUUGAUUUCGAUGGGGACGGCGCUGUGGGCGUCAGCGAUCUGGAGUCGGCCCUUUACGCACUAACAAGGGACGAUCUGAACCAGGAGGAAGUCAACAUCAUUUGUCAGAAGAUUCUGGAAGAGGCCGACAUUGACGAUGACCAAAAGCUGAAUUACAUGGAGUUCGAACAUGCUAUUGCACGAGCUCCCGACUUCAUGGCAAACUUUCAUCUUAGAAUUUAAUUUGUUUCUUCUCAAAUUGAGGUGCAGACCCUUAUAAAAUAUAAUAUAUAGGUAGGUAAUGGCGGAAUUGGGGGACAUUGUCGGAGGCCGGCGGACCCAUAGAAGCCAAAGUGGUGUCAGACGGUGCCGAGCCGUGCCGAAAAAAUGGAUACCAAACUCACGACGGCUUCUGAAAGGGGGAGCUUCCUUUUGUCAUGCUGUACAGAUUAAACAAAUGUUUCUCGUGAAAGUUUUAAGUUUUCUUUCUAUGCAGAGAAAAAAAACGAUGAAAGGAAGGCACUGCACGAGGUGCAAACUGCAAAUACCCAAAUGCCAUGUAUGCCGCAGAUGUUCCCUCCUUGCUUACCCGGACACGUUAGCACAGGUGCUAACAUGCUCCUUGACCUUAUCCAUGCUAUGCAGUUGUAAUAUAAUGAACAAUGCAAUAAAAUGUUCUACUAAUUAAAAGGGUCGUCUUGUGACCAGAAAAAA